AUGGCAGAAGAAUUCCUAGAUUUUGUACAAUUAUAUUCCACCCUUCCCUCUCCAAACUACCAUUCGACAUUAAGUACAAUUGGCAAAGAAAAUGAGUCAUUAAAAAGACCCCUAGGUCCUACACCAGAGAGCCAGGGUAACUGCGACACCUUUGCACCAGUUGUCAGCUACUCGUCGGCACUCUACUCAAAAUUCAGUGCUCUCGCGCCAGUUACAUGUACCAGUAACUCGGAUAAUGAUAAGGGUCGAUUUAGUCAGGCGGAAGACUCCAUACUGACAACUUUGAGGCGAACAAAUCCAGACAAUAUGUGUAAAUUGGAGAAAAGGAUGAAGGAACAGAGCAAACAAAAUGUCUUAGAAAAAAUCGAAGUCUUAAAAGCCCUCCUGGCCAGAUGGACCUUGGAUUGCGAGCAAAUUAAAAUCAUCUUAAACUUUAUAGAAGAUAAGUUGUCUAAAGGAGAUAGCGGUACCUCGGCUAAAAGGGUCAAGUUUACAACGCUCUAG